CUUCACGAUUUUAAACAUCCUGGAAAGGUGAAAUCCAGAAAUCGAGAAGCCAAAACGAGUAUCUCUUCUGAGUGCUCUCUCCAACUCCCAUGGCUCCUUCCUUCAUUUUUCCACCAAAUCUUCAAGCCCUAGAAAACGAAAGCCAUGACGGACGUCUCUGUGCUCAAAAUCCGAUCGACAUCUCCUCUCUUCGUUCCUCUGAACUUGAAGAAUUCGUCAGAGGUGUUUCAUUUGAUCUCUCUGAUAAAGAGCUUUUCUGUGUUGAAGAGCAAGACGUGUUUGACCGUGUGUAUUCGUUAAUCAAAGGUUUCUCAACUCUCACCCCAUCUUGUAAAUUAAAUCUUGUAGAGAGUCUUAGGUCCAAUCUCAGUGUUCUUCUUCCAAAUGUGGAUUCACUAUCGCGAGUUUCUCAAGAUCAUGCUGAGGAUGUACCAAUACUUGACCGGGUGGCCUCACAUCGGAAUGCUUUUAAAAUUUAUACAUUUUUCCUCCUCAACAUCAUCCUCAUUGAGGAGUCUAAUAUUGGUGUCAACAAGUCCAAGGCAACACUGAGUAGUAGGAAGAAACAACCUAUACACUCAUGGAAUUGGGAACCACAGAGGGGUCGGAUACUCAACUUAAUAGCUAAUUCACUAGAGAUCAACCUUCCAUUGCUCUUUGGGUCAUCAGACCCCGAUGAAAAUUACUUAUCUUUCAUUGUAAAGAAUGUAUUCUCUAUGUUUGAGAACGCAAUACUGUUGAAAGAUUCAGAGACAAAAGAUGCUCUCUGUCGUAUAAUUGGGACAUGUGCUACCAAGUAUCACUACAUGGCGCAAUCAUGUGCAUCAAUUUUACACCUGAUGCACAAGCAUGAUUUUGUUAUCACCCCUAUGGCUGAUGCAGUUGCCAGUGCUGAGAAGAAAUAUGCUGAUGGAAGUUUGGCCAGUUCUCUUAUCCGAGAGAUUGGAAGGACCAACCCAAAAGACUACGUGAAAGACACUGUUGGGGCUGAAAAUAUAGGACGCUUUCUUGUGGAGCUCGCUGACAGGCUCCCAAAGUUGAUUUCAACCAACAUUGGUCUCUUGGUCCCUCACUUUGGCGGAGAAUCUUAUAAGAUAAGGAAUGCUCUUGUUGGUGUGUUGGGGAAGUUGGUUAUGAAAGCCUUUAAGAAUGUUGAGGGUGAAGUAAGUUCAAAAUCUAUUCAGCUUCGAACCAAGCAAGCCAUGCUGGAAAUAUUGCUGGAGCGAUGUCGAGAUGUUUCAGCUUAUACCAGGAGUCGGGUUCUUCAGGUUUGGGGUGAACUAUGUGAAGAACAUUCUGUUUCAAUUGGCAUGUGGAAUGAGGUUGCUGCAGUUGCUGCAGGGAGGUUGGAGGAUAAGAGUGCAAUUGUAAGAAAAUCUGCUCUGAAUUUACUUAUCAUGAUGCUGCAGCAUAACCCUUUUGGGCCACAACUUCGAAUAGCUUCUUUUGAAGCAACCUUAGAGCAGUACAAGAAGAAGUUGAAUGAACUUCAACCAAAUCUGGCUUCAGAGAGUGUUUUAGAUGGGCUACCCUCUGAUGGUGAUACCUGCAAUGGAGAUGGUGAAGUUGACAGUGUAAUGAGGGAGGUGGGCCAGGUGGCCAAGGGGCAGCAAGAUAGUUUAACUGAUAGCUGUUUGCCCCAUACAGCAGAAGGAAUUGUUGAGAAUGAUAGUCCUGUGCCAGAUGUUGGGAAUUUGGAGCAGACCAGGGCCCUGGUUGCAUCACUUGAGGCUGGCUUGAGAUUUUCUAAGUGUGUUUCUGCAACAAUGCCCACCCUUGUUCAACUGAUGGCUUCAUCUUCUGCUACUGACGUAGAGAACACAAUUCUCUUAUUGAUGCGGUGCAAACAGUUCCAAGUUGAUGGCUCAGAAGCCUGCCUCCGGAAGAUGUUACCACUGGUAUUUUCUCAGGACAAAUCCACUUAUGAAGCUGUAGAGAAUGCGUUUGUUACAAUAUAUAUAAGGAAAAGUUCCAUGGAGACUGCCAAAAAUCUUUUGAAUCUUGCCAUAGAUUCAAAUAUUGGAGAUCUUGCAGCCCUGGAGUUCAUAGUUGGUGCUUUGGUGUCCAAGGGUGAUAUAUCUACCAGCAUGAUUUCAGCACUAUGGGAUUUCUUUUGCUUUAAUGUUAGCGGAACCACUGCAGAGCAAAGCCGGGGUGCUUUAUCUGUCCUUUGCAUGGCAGCAAAAUUAUCCCAUGGGAUUCUUGUUUCACACUUACAGGACAUCAUAGACAUAGGGUUUGGUCGUUGGGCAAAAGUGGAACCUUUGCUUGCCAGAACCGCAUGCGUUGCCCUUCAGAGGUUGUCUGAAGCGGACAAGAAAAAACUACUGUCUAGUAAUGGAACCCGGAUAUUUGGUAUUCUGGAAAGCUUAAUCACCAGUUUUUGGUUGCCAGAAAACAUAUGGUAUGCUGCUGCCGAUAAAGCUAUUGGUGCUAUUUAUGUAAUUCAUCCAACUCCUGAAACCUUAGCUUCUGACCUGGUGCAAAAGUCUCUUAGUUCUGUAUUUGAUUGUGGUGGAGGAGAUGAGUUGCAAAAUGACAUUGAAAAUGGUGGCAGCAGUGUCCUUUCAACUGUUCAAGUCACAAAACUUAGUAGAUAUUUAUUUAUAGUAAGCCAUGUUGCCAUGAACCAAUUGACGUAUAUUGAGUCAUGUGUCCGAAGGAUCCAGAAACAGAAGGCAAAGAAAGAUAAGAUAGAUGCUGAGAGCCAGUAUGUUCCUAAUGGCAUGGCACCUGCUGAUGCGGUUAAGGAGAAUGGUAUCAAUGCUGAGUUAGGUCUUGCUGCAUCUGAAGAUGCUAUACUUGAUUCACUUUCCGAAAGGGCAGAGAAAGAAAUUAUUUCUGGUGGUUCUGCUGAGAAGAAUUUGAUUGGCCACUGUGCACCUUUCCUGUCGAAGCUUUGUAGAAAUUUUAGUUUAAUGCAAAAGUAUCCAGAACUACAGGCAUCUGGAAUGCUUGCACUAUGUCGAUUUAUGAUUAUUGAUGCCAAUUUUUGUGAAGCAAAUCUCCAGCUUCUCUUCACUGUUGUGGAGAAUGCACCAUCAGAAACUGUUCGUUCCAAUUGUACUAUAGUGCUUGGUGAUUUAGCAGUUCGUUUCCCUAAUCUGUUAGAGCCAUGGACCGAAAACAUGUAUGCUCGGUUACAGGAUUCGUCAGUGUCUGUCAGAAAAAAUGCUGUUUUGGUUCUUUCUCAUCUCAUAUUAAAUGAUAUGAUGAAGGUUAAAGGUUAUAUAAAUGAAAUGGCCAUGAGAUUAGAAGAUGAAGAUGAAAGAAUUUCAAAACUGGCCAAACUUUUCUUUCAUGAAUUGUCUAAGAAAGGAAGCAAUCCAAUAUAUAAUCUACUUCCGGAUAUCCUUGGCAAAUUAUGUAACCGGAAUUUGAAGAGGGAGUCAUUCUGCAAUAUCAUGCAGUUCUUAAUAGGUUCUAUUAAGAAGGACAAACAAAUGGAAGCUCUGGUUGAAAAGCUUUGCAAUCGGUUUAGUGGAGUCACAGAUGUUAGACAAUGGGAAUAUGUAUCAUAUUGCCUGUCUCAGCUGGCAUUCACUGAAAAGGGCAUGAAAAAGCUCAUGGAGUCAUUCAAAACAUAUGAGCAUGCCCUAUCUGAGGAUUCUGUGAUGGACCAUUUCAAAAACAUAAUUAGCAAGAGUAAGAAGUUUGCAAAACCGGAACUGAAGUCUUGCAUCGAGGAGUUUGAGGAGAAGCUUAAUAAAUUCCAUGUGGAACGGAAGGAACAAGAGGUUACUGCAAGAAAUGCCCAAGUACAUCAACAGAAAGUUGGUAGCUUGGAAAGUCUUAUGGUAGAUGGGAGCACUGUAGAAGAAUGUCAAGAGGCUGAUGUUGUUGAAGAUGGAGAAGUCAUUGAUCCAUCCUUGAAAGGCAUGACCCAGUCUCUGAAUGAUGUAUCAAAAUCAAGAACUUCAAAGGUAGAAGAAUAUUCUGAUGUGUCCAGUGAAGUGAUUGAAUCAGAACAAGGUGAAAGCGAAAUUCAAUCAGCAAAAGUUCAUCUAAGAGGUUCCUCCAAGUCAAGAGGAAAAAAAACCAACAUGAAAGAUCAAAAGAGGGACACUUCCACGUCCAUGUCCACAAGAAGAAAUCUUAGGUCAGUUUAAAGGUAGAAGGAAGAGGGAGAAUUAUUACAAUCACUUCUUUGUUUUGCUUUUUGUAUUUGUUGAAAGUAAAGCAGGAAGUUUCCUUUGUAGUUGAGCAUCUCCAGAUCUGUAAUAUUUUGGUUGUAGUAUGAGAAAUUGAAUGACAAACCUCUGGAAAUGUUUAGAAUUUGCAGGUCAAGAGAUUGACCAACAGUGCUGGAAUUAUAAAUGUCGAUUGAUUCCAGUGUAAUACGAAAACCUUGGAGUUUUUCUUUUUGGAGCUGCUUAAUUCCAACAAAAAGGAAUUAUGUUGAAAUAAUUAUUUCAUAUAUUUCAAACUAUGUAUGAUUUUUUUUU